UGAGAAGGGACGCGGCGGAAGCUGUGUCGUGUGUGCCCCCCCAUGGCCGGAAGCCGCCGCCGCCGCCGCGGAAGAGCGCGGGUGCCGCAGCAGGGUGCCGAACCCUUGCCGCCGGAAGACACCGCUCUCAGCUCCAGAGAAGUUACCACUGUAGAGAUGCCGUCUAAGAACACCUGCCCCGCCUCAGCCUCUACCUCCCCACCAUUGUCUGGACCUCAUGUUUGUGCAGAUCUCGUGGACAGCCUGCUUCAUGAAAUUCUGCUUCACGAAAUUAUCGCUCUCUUUAACUCAUUCCAUGACUUCCUUGCUUUCAUUGGCACAUGCCACUCUUGGCGCACUGCAGUCUCUACCUUUCCAUCUGCGCAUACAUUCAGCUUCCCGCCACUUCACUUCAAACCAGAUGGUUCUUAUGUUCAUCCACAUAAUGGCGAUAUCAAGCCCAUCCUUUUAUCUAAUUGCAAAUGGCAGCUCAGUGAUCCUACCAAGAAAGACUUAUCCCUUGUGUGUUCAGUGCCUGAAAAUAGUCCAAAUACAAUGCACUAUUUGGGCUGUUCAUAUGGGUAUCUUAUCUUCUCCUACAAGGAGCACUGCCUCCUUGUCGAUGUGUACACUGGCACCAAGGUGAAUCCCCCUAAACUCCCAGCCAGCAACCAACUUGGAUACUUUUGUGGCAUAGGCAUCCUUACGGCUCCAUUAAUUUCACCCAACUCUCGCCUCCUCCUUUUCUCGAGGGCUUCCAUGUUUGAGUGGCAGGUUGGAACAAACUUCUGGUCCGAGCACCCUCUUGAUAUUGGUCGUGAACGCAUCUAUCAGAUUGUGUCCUUUAAAGAUGAUAUCUUUGUCAUAGAUGCUUUUCUGAGGCUCCACACUAUACACUUGUCACCUCAGUUCAGCAUGCGAGAAGUAGUAAUUCAAUGGGAGUUCCUGCCUAUUAACUCGUGGUUGGUGGUCUGUGGUGACAUGCUUCUCAUGGUUGUUCAAAGCUUAAGCUCCAGCGAAUCAGAUGUCUUAUUCAACUCAACCUUUAAGGUCUAUCGCCUCAAUUUUUCUAUUGAACCGGCAAAGUGGGUGAAGUUAGAGAAGUUGGAAAAUCAUGCGUUGUUUGUUAGUCUUGAUAGGAGGGACCCUACAUUCUGCUGCAUCAGCCCGGAAAGAUGGGGAGGAAAGAGUAACUGCAUUUAUUUUGCGAGGCUAUCUGAUGAUCCUGAUGAGACUUGGACUGCGGUCGAGCUUGGUCAGCCAGUACAAAAAAGAACAGUUCACCCCAUGUUCUAUGGUCGUGCGUCCCCUCCCGACUGCGGUCUACUAAGUAACCUUUGGGUGUUCCCCAGUUUAAUUUAUGGUUCUGGCCAGUAAUCCAGUCACAGAGUUGUGUCUAGUCUUGUGCAAGACCUGACCUGACGUUUUUCUUGGCUAGCAACUGGUUCGAUAACUGUAAUGGCUUCCUGACAUUGGGACCAAUGUUUUGUGUUAGCUGAUUCGUAUUAAUUGGCGUGCUGUCGCUGCUGUUAUGCGCAGUUAUAUUGUGGUGAACAUCGGGAUUGCAUUUGUCAUCUGCUUGGGGCACAUGGGUUUCAACCAUCUGUUGAUAAACAAGACAAUUCACAAGUGUAACUUGGGGUACUAUUGUGGACAAACUCGUUGCGUAUUCAGCUUUACCUCCCUUAUUAUGUAUACAUUCUGGUGCUUUUGAAACGU